ACGGCGCGUCACGUGACGACUGGCCCCACCUCUUCCUCUCGGUCCCAUAUUGAACUCGAGUUGGAAGAGGCGAGUCCGGUCUCAAAAUGGAGGUAAAACCGCCGCCCGGUCGCCCCCAGCCAGACUCCGGCCGUCGUCGCCGCCGCCGGGGGGAGGAGGGUCAUGAUCCAAAGGAACCAGAGCAGUUGAGAAAACUGUUCAUUGGUGGCCUGAGCUUUGAAACUACAGAUGAUAGUUUAAGAGAACAUUUUGAGAAAUGGGGCACACUUACAGAUUGUGUGGUGAUGCGAGACCCCCAAACGAAACGUUCCAGGGGCUUUGGCUUUGUGACUUACUCUUGUGUGGAAGAGGUGGAUGCAGCUAUGUGUGCCCGACCACACAAAGUUGAUGGGCGAGUAGUGGAACCAAAGAGAGCCGUUUCUAGAGAGGAUUCUGUAAAGCCUGGUGCCCAUCUAACAGUGAAGAAAAUUUUUGUUGGUGGUAUUAAAGAAGAUACAGAAGAGUACAAUUUGCGAGAUUAUUUUGAAAAGUAUGGCAAGAUUGAAAGCAUAGAAGUUAUGGAAGACAGGCAGAGUGGGAAAAAGAGAGGAUUUGCUUUUGUAACUUUUGAUGAUCACGAUACAGUUGAUAAAAUUGUUGUUCAGAAAUACCACACUAUUAAUGGGCAUAAUUGUGAAGUGAAAAAGGCCCUUUCUAAGCAAGAAAUGCAGUCCGCUGGAUCACAAAGAGGUCGUGGAGGUGGCUCUGGCAACUUCAUGGGUCGUGGAGGUAACUUUGGAGGUGGUGGAGGUAACUUUGGCCGUGGUGGAAACUUUGGCGGAAGAGGAGGAUACGGCGGAGGUGGUGGUAGCAGAGGUAGUUAUGGAGGAGGCGAUGGUGGAUAUAAUGGAUUUGGAGGGGAGGGUGGCAACUAUGGCGGCGGUCCUGGAUAUAGCAGUAGAGGAGGCUAUGGUGGUGGUGGACCAGGAUAUGGAAACCAAGGUGGUGGAUACGGUGGUGGUGGUGGAGGAGGAUAUGAUGGUUACAAUGAAGGAGGAAAUUUUGGUGGUGGUAACUAUGGUGGUGGGAAUUACAAUGAUUUUGGAAAUUACAGUGGACAGCAGCAAUCAAAUUAUGGCCCCAUGAAGGGGGGUAGUUUUGGUGGAAGAAGCUCAGGCAGUCCCUAUGGUGGUGGAUAUGGAUCUGGUGGUGGAAGUGGUGGCUAUGGUAGCAGAAGGUUCUAAACUCAGCAGAAAAGGGCUACAGUUCUUAGCAGGAGAGAGAGCGAGGAGUUGUCAGGAAAGCUGCAGGUUACUUUGAGACAGUCGUCCCAAAUCCAUUAGAGGAACUGUAAAAUCUGCCACAGAAGGAACGAUGAUCCAUAGUCAGAAAAGUUACUGCAGCUUAAACAGGAAACCCUUCUUGUUCAGGACUGUCAUAGCCACAGUUUGCAAAAAGUGCAGCUAUUGAUUAAUGCAAUGUAGUGUCAAUUAGAUGUACAUUCCUGAGGUCUUUUAUCUGUUGUAGCUUUGUCUUUUUCUUUUCAUUACAUCAGGUAUAUUGCCCUGUAAAUUGUGGUAGUGGUACCAGGAAUAAAAAAUUAAGGAAUUUUUAACUUUUCAAUAUUUGUGUAGUUCAGUUUUUCUACAUUUUAGUACAGAAACUUUAACAAAAUGCAGUUUUGAAGGUGUUUCCUUGUGAGUUAACAAGUAAAGAAGAUCAUUGUUACUAUUUUGUAUGAAUUUUGCUAAAGUUAACUGUAAAGAAACACCUGCUGACUUGCAGUUUAAGGGGAAUCUAUUCUUCCCAUCUCUAAACCAUGAAAUGAAUGGGCACUGGCAUGUGGAAAGAAUAGAGACAUAAUGUAUGUUUGCAAUGUGUGUUUUAAAUAGAAUUGGGUAUUUAAAUUAGCAUAUUUGUGAAUUUAAUAGUAUUAAGAUUUAACUUCAAAUGAAGAAAGUCAAAAUUUCCUAUUUGGUUUUUGUGCAUUAUCUUUCAAAAUGUAAUCCUAUGGUUUUAGUAUGUUUUGCUUGAGAGUCCAAGCUGUGUUCAAAACAUUACCAUUCUACAUUUAACUUGGUCACAUGUGAACUGCUGCCAUAGUUUAAUUUGGGUGUAAAAAAAUUGUCUACUGCCCUUUGUUUAAAUUCUAAUGGUGUUUCUCCAUUUCCUCCUACAUUAAAAAAAUACAUAAAAACUGAAAAGUACAAGACCACUAAACCGACCUAUCUGAGCAUUUUUAGUGGCUACCUUUUUUAAAGCACAAGAGGCCCAUAUAUCUUACUUUCCUUGGUUUCAUACACAAAACACAAUUUUGAGUAAAGGUUCUCAUAUCAAGAGAAUAAAAAUUACACACUGUUGAACCCUUGAAUGGCUGGCAUGCUGUUUGUUACCCUCUGCAUUUUACUGAAUGAAACCAAGGAUAUGACUCAAAUGACUUACUGCUGUAGAAAUAAAAGACAGUUGACUUAGUACAAACAUGUUGCUUCCCAAAGACGUGAUUAAAAUUUUGAUAGUGUGAGUUCUUGAAAUUCCCAAGGAACACUGUUAAUCUGUGUGUAUGCUUGAGCCUAAAACAUGUUGUUGGUAUGAGUAAAUUGGAAGGUCUGGUUGAGAAGAGGUUUUAGAUAAGGUCAUACACAUCACCACCAAUGUCUUUGUAUUGCGCCAGCCUAGUGCUUACCAGUUCAUUUGAGCCCUGAGUAUGUGCCCUGUGUUCUUUCUAUGGCAGUUGAAUGUUGGAUUUAAGAUACUUUGUUGUUGUAAGGAGUGCUGAGCAAAACAAGCAAUAAAAAGGGGAAUGGGGCGUGCUAGUGUUUGAAUAUGCUCUUUUAUUGCUCUAAUUCUGUGCCUCUGUGCAUUAUUAAUAUUUGGAUGCAUGCAAUGCCAGCAUGAAAAUCAGUCUACACAAGAUUACUACAGCUUUCCAGGAAACACUCAAUUCAAUAAAUGUAACAAACAUUCCAUUUGUUAAUGGACAUCUGUGAAUAAGCAGUGUAGAAACUAGGCUUACAAGAAACAUGGCUAAGUUCUUAACAGCUCCAAGCAUGGUUUAUAGAUGGACACUGUCAAUGUUCAUAAUUUAAACCUGGGUACCUGGUAAAAAUGUUUGGGAAACUUUAUUAAAAUUGAACUAAAUUGUC